AGCGGCCAUGGCGGGCCAGCCGCAGCAGCUGUUGAGCCUGCUGCUGCAGCGCGGGGACGCCUCCAACGCCUGGGGCUUCGCCGCCGUCAAAGCCGGUGCCGCGCUCACAGUCCAGCAGGUGAGCAAUGGCACGGUGGGGGCCCACUACCUGGCGCCCGGGGACGUCAUCCUGCGGCUGGGCGGGCGCGACCCGGCCGAGCUGUCGCAGGACGAAGUGGACGCCGCGGUGGCCGAGCCGGGAACCAGCCUCGAGCUGCUCGUCAUGAAGGCGCCGCGCAGUCGGCUCUCGCGCAGCUCCAGCGUCUCCAGUUCCGGCGUCUCCAGCCCCGUAUCCAGCCCCGCCUCCAGUCCCAUGACCGGGACAUUCCCGCGGUACCGCCUUCCCUCCGUUGACGCGAGUAGCUCUGGUUCGUACUUCCAGCGCGGCACUCCCUCCAGGAGGAGCUCACAGACGGCCUUCCUGCGGGAGAUGUUCGAGCAGACCGCAGUCGCCGGCGGCGGCGCCACCCAACACCACAGUCUGCGCAGACAGACCUCGCUGGGAGUUCCUCGGAAGACGUCGGAGUUUCAAGACGUGACUCAGCGCUCGCUCAGGACGUACAGCGACGGGAAGGUCGGUCUGACAACAACCAGUCCACCGGCGAACGGCUACAGAAACAGCGCCGACGGCAUUCUGUCCAAAGGCUUUUGGCAAGACGAGGUACAAGAAACGCCGGCCACUCCGAACGACCUUUCAGAAAGACGUAUAAAAUUUGCCGAAGCCUUGAUUGACGAAAAGAACGAUGACGUUUUCUAUCAGUCACUGGCAACGACAAAUGGCAAUCACAUGCCAAACGAAAAUGGUACUCAAUGGAACCCAGAAGAAGAUCACCUACCUCUUGGCGUCCCUAAGACGAAGCCACCAGGCAGUCGGGGCAGAAAAAUAUCUCCCGUGUCUCAGCAAGACGACCGCCACGCAGACUUCGGCUCCAGCGAGGCGGAUUCUGGAGCUGCACCUGGGUCCUUGCAGAGGACUCGUUCCAGGAAAUCACUGCAAGAAAUCUUCCCUGUUCAACAGCCGUCAUUAGAAGAAAAUGGACGACAGUCGAGUCAGAUUUCCGGAGGAGGCUCACCCAGCCCAGGACCAGGGACACCUGCGGGUGAUGGAGUGAGCGCAGCGCCAGCGCCACCGCCCUUCCCCGCCCCUGCACCGCCAGCGCCACCCCCACCGCCGCCUCCAGGUGCUGGAGCCUUGCCUGCCGUUCGUAUUGCCACUGAGAUUCCAGAUACACGCACAGGUGGACGUAUAGGGCAGACAGGCAACACCUAUGAGCCACCUGCUGCCAUUCAGAAUGCAAUGAUGACCAAGGAUAAGAAGCCCUUCACUUACACACCAGGGGGCCUCGACCUGUCACAGAUUCGAAGCCCCAGGAUGCAGAGACGCAUAACACGAAAUGCUAAUGCAGAAGGUGUACCAGAACAGCCAGUACAACAAAAAACAUCACCACUGGCACAUGGUCAGCUCCCACCAUCAGCUUUGGCUGCUAUGCAACCUCAGAUGCCAGUUGCUGUCUUUCCAACAGGCAACCAACAAAUGUCACCACCAGUUCCCCCACCUCCUCCUCCACAGCCACAGGUACAGACACAACCACAAGUGCAGAAGGCACCAGUUUCUCCACCUCACUCACAACCACAAGUGCAGAAAGUUCCAGUUCCACCUCCUCAGCCUCAGCCAGUUAAUCAGAAUCAAGCCACAACACAGCCACCACAAUGGUCUCAAACACAGGCAAAACCUGCAUCGCCACAAAGUGAACCUGGAAGCAUCUACAUCCCACCUGUUGUACAGCCACAAGGUGGAAGAGCUCAAGUGGGCUCCAUUUACAUACCUCCUGUGCAACAGCAGCAGCAAGAUCAGCAGAAGACUGCCAGUCCAUUGUCUCCUGUUUCACUGAACAAAGCACCAACACCAUGGAUGAGUCAGCGCCCCCAGCAGCAACAAGUGCCAACUUGGGUCAACCGUGAUGAAACUCCUGUGCAGAGACAACCCUCAGCAGCAGCAGCACCAACACCUACACCCACACCCACACCCGCACCAAGCGGUACACGGAUCAUACCCAUACAAGUGGAGGGACGGGAUGCUCCAGUUCAGGCAAAUAAGUCAACCCCUUCAGCAACAAAUCAGCAGACAAACACGAGAAUCAUACCAAUCCAAAUUGAAGGUGAACCAGCACCCAGCCAAUCAAAGCCAUCAGCACAACAACAUGUGCAACAGAGACAGCCAGUCUAUGUUCACAAUAAAUUUAAUCCUUCAGUGUCACCAACAAGCCCAACUCCAAGCGGUCCUGGAACCAGUGAAAUUGUGGCUGAGCACAAUCCUAGGCAGUUACAACAGCAGCAGAGCUGGGGCCCUCCUGGUGCAAAUGGGGCUCCAAUCCAGUCUCGAUCAUUCAGAGUGCUGCAAAAAAUAACAGAUACUGACAAUACUGAUGCAGGCAAUGAGAAUAGUCAGCAUAUGGAGUAUCCUUAUGGCAAUCAGUCAACACAAGGCGUGCCAGUGCAGCAACUGAGAAAACUUCAGCUGAGUGAGGAUGAUCGUGCACUUAUGAACAGAUUCAAAGCUCAGGUGGACGAGGACUCUUUUCUGCACAAUGAAUCAGAUCCCAGAUACAGAGGGCCAGCAAUUCCCUCGCGUGCUUUUCGUAUGCUUCAAAGCAUGACUGAUGGAGCAAGUGGUUCAGACUUUGUUCCUCCUGCUCCAGCCCCAUCUCGAGGACCUCCACAAAGGCCAGCCAGUGUACAGCCAGCUACAGAAUCUCCUCAGCCAUAUAUUCCACCAUCUGAGCAACAAGUUCAGGAGCCUAAGAAAUAUACUGGAGGUUGUAUUCCUUCUCGUUCAUUUAGGAUGCUGCAGGCAAUGACAGCACCCGAGAACUGUGCUAGUGCCCCGUCAUCAGACGAAUGUGAGGCACCUGUCUCUGUCUCACAUCAAGGCUAUGAUGAGAAUGCUGCUGGGCAGUGGUAUCCUUAUGAUCCUAAUAUGUCACCUGUACCUCCUUACUGGGGUCCUGAGGCCUGGUGGAGAUACUACCCUGUUUCUAAUUUGGAAGGACAGAAGAAUUCACAAGCUCCUUCUCCACACUACUGGGACCCAUAUUCAGCUAUGUAUGCUUACAUGGCAGAAAUGGCUGCAUAUGGUUAUCCUCCUCCACCAUAUCCUCCAGUCUAUUCACCUCAUCAUUUUGCUCCAUCAAGACAAUUUAGAUACCCACAUAGUGGAAGUGAUUCUGAUGAAUGUUCUGGAUAUUCAUCCACUGAUGAAAUGGCAUAUUAUGGGGCAAAUUUUGCACAUGGAAUUCCCCAGGGACAUCCUCCAGUAAUGCUUCCGCACAUGAAUCAUCCAUCAGGAAAUCCACGUAAUGUACCAGAAGGAAACACAAAUGAGAUUUGUAAAAAUGAAAAAGAAAAUUUGCAUAAAAUUGUAACUGAACCAGACAAGACUUCUGAGAGCGUCACACCAAAAUGUAAUGAAGCCAAUGGCAAGAAAGAAUCAACCAAUGAAAAUGAUAGUAGUAGCUCUGAAGAAGAUGAUACUAGUGAUUCAGAUACUGAGGUGGAGGAUGAGAAUAGAAAUGAAGCAGAUGAAUCAGCUAAAAGUAGUAGUAACAGUCUGCAAAUGAUUCGGUCUGUUUCUGAUAUAAAUGUGUAUAACAAUAACUCUGGUUCAGAUGUUCUUUCUCAUAGCUCUGAAACGAAUGAUGAUGAAACAGAAAGAGAAGAAGAUUCAGAUGGAGAUGAUGAAUUUGAAGAGGUUAGUGACAGAGGACAUUAUAACAAUGAAGAAGAGACUUGCCUUCCACACCAGCUAAGUGUGAUUUUUGAAGAAAGUGAAUGCAGUGAUGUAGAGUCUACUAAGCGCAUUCACUCAGCUGAGAAAGCUGAUGUUCAUAACUUAAGCGAAGAUGGUGACAGUUCAACAGCAACGCUGGAUAAUUGUGAAGAUGACAGUGACGUUGAUUAUGAUGCAAUGGAUCCUGGUUCAUCAACAGUAACAGUACGCUUGCCACUAAAACUCAAAUUCAGUAGAUCAGAAAAUGAUGAAGAGGUAACAACACUGAUCGUUGGAGAUAGUCAGGUGAAAAGGAUUCCCAAGGAAGAUGAAGUUCUUGGUGACACAAAGUUAAGAGAGCUGAAACCAAAUGUGAAUAAUAAGGCAACAGCUCAAAAAGAAGCUGAUGUAUCAGUAACUGUUUGUCUGACAGCACGAUCUAGUUCUAAUGAUAAAGUAGAACAGUGGAAGCAAGAUGUGGAUAAACAUUUUAACCAGCAAGAUGAUAUAACCAAAAAAGAAGAAUCUGAAAUAUCAAAGCUUUCAAGACAUGGGAGUUUAGAGGAUAAUUUAAACAGGCAAAGGAGUGCAUCAGAUUUAGAUGUAUAUGAAACUGCUGAGUCUGACUCUGAUAUAUCUGUUUGUCUGUCACUGCCUCUGAAGAAAACAAACAACAAAAAGCCACAACCUCCAAAGUCACAUAUUACAUCAGAGAAUUUGAAUAAUGUAUCUGAAGAGGAUGAUGAUGAUGGAAAAGUGAAGGGUGAUGAUAGCGACUGUGCUUUCAGUCACUGGGAAGAUGAUUCCAGUAGUACAAGUAUUCAAACUGUAAAACUUGCUCCACAUACUAAAAAACUGAUUGGGUCUAAUACUGAUGAUGAAAAGAGUAACAAGACUUCAGAAGCUAAAGGUGUAACAACAAAAGAAACAAAAGACAAAGGUGAACAGAAUAGGAAGGUACAGAGCAGUAAUAAAAUUCAAGAAAUAUCAACUUACGAACAACGGUGUGACAAAGAGGAUGAACAUGCCAUGGUUAAUACUGCUAAUCAUGAGUUGGAAGACACAGAUACAAGUGAAGAUGAGAGUUCCUCUAAUUCUGAGAGUAUAAGUAGCAUCAGUUCCAGUAGUAGUACAAGAGAGAGGAAUAUAUCAAUAAAACCAAAAGAAAAAGUUGAAAGUCCUGCAACAAACUAUGUUUCUGAGAGAAACAGCAAGUCAGAAAAUACAAAUAAUAAUGACAGCAGUGACAUAACAGAUAAGAUUCUUAAUAUUGUUACUGAUAGUAAAAUUAUUUCCAAUAAUGAAACUUUUAACAAAUUAGAAAAUUCCCAAACACAGCCAAUAACUGCCAGUGGGACACAUAGAGGUAAUCAGAGAAGAGACUCCACAGAAACAAAUAGUCAAGGAAGAAAUGAGAUGAGAACCAGUAAUUCAAAAUCUCAGGAAGAAAGUGAAGAAGAUGAUUCUGGAGUAACAUCUGACUUAAGUCGUCCCAUAUCGGAUGCAGACACAGAGUCUGAAUUAAAUUUAAAUGAGUUACAGCUGUUAAGCAAAUGUCAGAGAGCAGCUACACAUUCUCGUCUUUUCAAACUUCUCCAGGAUGAAUGUGGGAAAGAAGAUGAAGAAAAUGAUGAGGAUGAUGAUAAAGCAGAAGAUUUACACGCAGAAUCAGUUGGGACCCUGAAAUCAAGGAAAGAUCAACUUACACUACCACUGCGUCAGAAUAGUUCAAGUGAUCCAGAUAGUCUAUCAUCUUCUUCAGGCAUUGGGUCUCCUGCUUCUCCAACUAUUACUGAUCGUUUAGUAAAAGAGCUUAUACGAAGUUUGUUGCAAAAGAAAAAAGGUAAACGUCUGAAGAAAUUACCUCUGGCAAAACUACAUGCAGCUGCACUACGUAUACUGCAAGAAGAUAUGGAUCCAUAUGACACAGUCAGUUCCCCUGGUUCAGAAGAAAGCAAUGGGUUUUGCUUGCCUUCAAACCAAUCUUGUUUUCAGACUCAACAUUCCAUUAAUUAUAAUAAUAAUAAUGCCAACACUGCCAAUAGCAACAUUGCCAACCCAGUGAUGCCCCCAACACAUGCCAUGUAUGGUGCAAAUUAUUAUGAUUAUUGCAAUUAUUAUGAUUCGUGGGGGAAUCAAAAUGCAUAUUAUGGAACUGACCAAACUUUUGAAUAUGAUGUUGUUCCUUCAAAAGCAUUUAAGCUUUUACAAGAACACACCCAACCGCAUGGUUUCAGCACAGGUCUUAUAAAUGGACUGUGGGCUAAGUGUCCCAGGAUACCAAGCUCAAAAAACCUGCCAAAGGAUCUUGCAUCAGCAGAGACUUCAAAAGAGAACAAGGCUGGGUCUCAGAGUGAUCCCCUACCUGAAGCUCCUGUAAUUCCAGAAAAUGAGUCCAGUGCAGUGACCCCUGCCUCAGCCCAAGCUUCAUGAUGUGAAAGAGAUGAGACAGGCAGACUGUGAACAGAGGGUGAUCACUUGUUCAAACGUUCGAGCUUUUGGUAGACAUUUGAGAUGUCUGUAGCAGGUCGACCAGCUGGGUCAUACCCAGG